GCGGACUGGUUGCUGAUUACUCUCUUCUAUUUCGUAUUGACUAACAGUUCAGAAUGCGAAUCAAUUUAAUGUUUUGCAUCACUAUGUUAUUGUGUGUUGACACUGUUUUAUCAGUCAAACAUGGCGAUGAGUUGAAACACUACAUUGAGUCACGCCAUGACAUCACAGGCUAUUCAUGUUGGGAUGAACGUGACAAUUCUGGUUACUGUAUGGAUGACAGAGCUAAUGUUAGCAUUGAUGAUGGAUGCUUUGCAGAAAAUAAUUUUUGUCUGGAGCAUAACAAGUGUAAUCGUCACAUGAAAUGCUUUAUCCGGUGGGGUCAUGAUCAUCAAGGUUAUGAGGCAAGAGAAUCCUGUACUGACAUUGGUGGAGAAUGUAAGCAGCCAAAUCCACUGUACAAUUCGGGCAUUUACCAAUCCCAGGGAUACGAUGCACGGUGUCAGUGUGGGUAUCCAUGUGUUCAUCCAACGUAUUCUGUUAAAUGUCAGUACCCCAGUGGAUGUCAAUCGGAGACCUUAAGUUGUGGAGGGACAAUGGAGAAACCAUUUAAUUUAACGAAUUAUAAUCAUUGA